UGUAACUUUAAUAAUGUCUAAGUAUAAAAAUAUUAAUUAUUAUAAUGCCUAUAAUUAUUUCAUGAAUAAUUAAUCAUAAUUGCAGAUGAUGAUUUUAUAAUGAAUUUCCCUUUAACAAGUACAUAGAUUAAUUAUGAUAAAUAGUUGGAUCUAAUUGAAAGAUGUUUAUUAGCGUGGACCCUGGUGAUGCGAGCGCUAAUGGCUUUAUGAACGGUGAUGUUAGACCUGAAGAAGCUCGACCACUCCGACUGCAGCCUCACAGUUGAUGUGUGCAGAGUCGUCGAGAGCGAGUGAAGAUUACGUUUCGGCUUCAGAACAGUCUGCUUCUGCCUUUUCUACUGUUGCACUUUCCCUACACUUUUGCAUCUGACUAUCGUACCCCAGGUCUGGUCAGGUCGAGAACACUGUGUGUUCCCUGUUUAACACAAACAACAUAUAGCUUAUACAUGUCACGGUUGUUUCAGAGCAACACCAGCAAGUGACCACUAGGUGUCACCGUGGAGACGAGUAUCGGUUUGUUUCGAAGCCUCGACACAGUACGGCACAUUGCUUCAGUGUUCCACGAAGCCUCCCUCUGGUCCACUGACAUGCGUAUCUGAAGGCGGGGACUGGAAGUCUUCACAGUAUAAAACACACAAACUCAUCCUCACACUCACUGCAGUGGGACUUUAACUGGACCGCUGGAUAUUACGAGUUGAGCGUUUGUUUGUUUUUUUCAUCAAAGAAACACCGUGCAUUUAACCACCUCCAGCGGUUUCUGAUCUACUUUUUGUUGCGGAAUUUGGAGAGGAAAGUAGUCCCGUCCAUCACAUACAACACUUAUCAACAUUUGAAUGCUGUUGAGUCUUUAAAACUCAGCUGACCUGUUGGUCAUCGAGCCUCCGAGAAGAGCAAUCGUGUGUCCGUCGAGUUUAAAGAUGAAACUGGUUCAGGUCAACAAGACUUGUGCUGAACUUUGCAUGGGUGGUGUAUGCAACUACUCCACAUCACUACCGGAUUUCCUACAGAAGGAGGACUGUUAUUACAGCUGGAAAUCACAGGAUGGGACUGUGCUGGGCAAGGAAAGAUUUUUGACUCGUGAUGACUGUGAGAGUGGGAUUCACAAAGUUGUACGGUGUCUUAAUCCAAGUUAUGUGAGGGAAUACAUCUUUCACAUUUUCAACAGCACUACGCCAACCCCUGAAGCUGCUAAUAUGCGCGAAAGCAUGUACACCACUGUGAACCCUGACCCUCCCCAAUCUCAAAUCAACACCAUCAUCUCCAUUGUAAUCUCCAUCAUCGUUGCCAUUCUGAUUGUAGGAAUGUGCUACAGAAAACGAAGGGUGAUAGUAGGACUCGGGGAGAAAUUGAUUCGUGGCUGCUGUCAACGAGCAGAUGAAAAUAACAGGUCAGACAUCCCACUUGGGGACAUUGAACCAAGAAACAAUGAAGAUGAAGCUCAACUGAACACCUCAAAUACUGAAAGCGUGGACCCUGGUGAUGCGAGCGCUAACCGCUUUAUGAACGGUGAUGUUAGAACUGAAGAAGCUCGACCACUCCGACUGCAUCCUUACAGUUGAUGUGUGCAGAGUCGUCGAGAGCGAGUGAGGAUUACGGUUCGGCUUCAGAACUUCUGUCCAGUCUGCUUCUGCCUUUUCUACAGUCGCACUUUGCCUACAGUUUUGCAUCUGGGACACUUUUUAAAUCUGCAGUAAAAUUAAGUAGUUAAACUGAGAGCAUGGUAUUCUAGGGCUCUAGAUAAAAGUGUCAUUUUUAAUCAUGACAAAGCAGAUCAAAUUUUAACUUUACACAUUUUUUUUUAUACUUUGUAGCAGUAUUUUGGAGUAAAAAUGUAUUUUCAUAUGUAGUACUUGCUAUAUAAAUAACAUUUAUAAGAACUCAUUUUUGCCAAAGAAAGGGAAGAUCAAACCAAAGAACCCCAAGAUAAAUUAAAAAAACUUUUAGCUUCUUUUCUGCACUUUAAAACACUGCACAGCUGUCGGAAUCAAACCUGUAGCAUAGGCUCUUUAAGCUGUAGGUCACAUGACCAUGCCAACAUGGCAGAUGUAGUACGUCCAGAUUGUUUUCAUGCCUACUGCUUAUACUGAUACCUACGUACUGUAUCAGCGGCCGAGCUGUACGUACUGUCAUAUUAUGCAAUUUCAGACACUGGGUGUGUGUGUAUCUCUCAUUCCUGGCUAACUCUUAGGCCACUCAAGACUCGUUCCACUUUAGUUUACUUAUAAGCCCUUUCCUUAACUUGCACUGUGGGGCCCAAACCUUAGACUGGGUCAUCAUCAACUCUACGUUAUCGAAUCGAUGCUAUAAAGAGCGCCAAUGGUGCCCAGUGCUGAUUCCUUUUUAUUUUCUCAUUGUGAUUGACCUUUGCUAUCUCCUUUAUUUUUUCUGUCUGUUCUGUAUGUAAUUUAUUUUGUGUGUAAAUUUGUUAGUAUUCUUUAAAUGCUGUCACCAGGUGUAGAGCUCGGCUGUGUUUGUCUGUUUUGUUUUAUUAUUUAUUUUAUUCUAUUUUUUUUACACGUUUUUUUUGUUUUUUUUUGUGUGUGUGUGUGUGUGUGUGUGUGUGUGUGUGUGUGUGUGUGUGUGGCGCUUAGCGGUUAGGGCUCUGGGUUACUGAUCAGAAGGUUGGGGGUUCAAGCCCCGCCACUGUCGGGCCCUUGAGCAAGGCCCUUAACUCUCUCUGCUCCGGGGGCUGACCUUGCACUCUGACCAUAGCUUCUUGACAGGCUGGGGUAUGUGAAGAAAAGAAUUUCACUGUGCUGUAAUGUAUAUGUGACCAAUAAACACUCAUUAUUCUUA